AGUGACGUCACGGGACCACCUUCCGGCCGGUGGCAGAGUUUGGCUGAAGUUGGUGGGGGCUUGAGACGCCAUGGGGGCCACUGGUGACGCCGAGCAGCCGCGGGGGCCUGGCGGAGCCGAACGGGGCGGCCCCGAACUGGGGGACGCGGGCGCAGCGGGGCAGCUGGUUCUCACGAACCCUUGGAACAUCAUGAUAAAGCACCGACAGGUGCAACGAAGGGGCCGCCGUUCACAGAUGACAACAAGUUUCACAGAUCCUGCCAUUUCUAUGGACCUCCUCCGUGCUGUCCUGCAGCCCAGCAUCAAUGAGGAGAUCCAGACUGUCUUCAACAAGUACAUGAAGUUCUUCCAGAAAGCAGCAUUGAACGUGCGAGACAACAUCGGGGAAGAAGUGGAUGCAGAGCAGCUGAUCCAGGAGGCUUGUCGCAGCUGCUUGGAGCAGGCUAAGCUGCUGUUUUCCGAUGGUGAGAAAGUCAUCCCCAGACUGACCCAUGAGCUUCCAGGGAUAAAGCGGGGCCGACAGACAGAAGAGGAAUGUGCCCAUCGAGGAAGCCCCAUCCCCAAAAAGAGGAAGGGACGGCCUCCUGGACACAUCCUGGCAAACGACCGGGCAGCCGCCGGCCUGGUAUGGAAACCAAAAUCCUGUGAGCCAAUUCGCCGAGAAGGCCCCAAGUGGGACCCAGCUCGGCUGAAUGAAUCUACCACCUUUGUCCUGGGAUCUCGAGCUAACAAGGCCCUUGGCAUGGGGGGCACCAGAGGGAGGAUCUAUAUCAAGCACCCCCACCUCUUUAAGUAUGCAGCUGACCCCCAGGAUAAGCACUGGCUGGCAGAGCAACAUCAUAUGCGGGCAACAGGAGGAAAGAUGGCCUACCUCCUCAUUGAGGAGGACAUCCGGGACCUUGCUGCCAGUGAUGACUACAGGGGCUGCCUAGACCUGAAGUUAGAGGAGCUGAAAUCCUUUGUCCUACCCUCCUGGAUGGUUGAGAAGAUGCGAAAGUACAUGGAGACACUGCGCACAGAGAAUGAGCAUCGUGCUGAAGCCCCUCCACAGACCUGAGCCCAUGGCCCUGGCUACACUUGGAUGCCCUCCCAAAGCCCUCUCUCCCAUGACCGAGGCUGCUGCUGGGUCUACUCCCAGGGGGAUCAUGGUGACAUUCUGCUGUGCCUGGGCUACUUAGUAGUGAAUGAGUCACUGCAGUGCACCCCCAGACUGGCAUGUGGUUCUGUGUUUGUAAAGUUAUUGGAAUAAAAAGCAGUUAAAUAGUUUGUAAUAAACACAGAUGGUGA